GGUUUGGCCACUGCAACGUUAGCAGACUAUUCGUUGACCCCUGUGGUCGUCUUCCUCAGACAGACAGAGGAAGUGGAAGGGUCACGCUACCGUCUUGACGUGAAGAGAAACACUCUCCUGCUUCUCUCAGUGCUAAAAGAUGAGUGCCAGCAGAGUAUUGGAGCAAACACUGGAUGAUAUCCUUUCUGCAAUUAAACCGUCACGGGAGGACCAGAUAGCUCGAAACCAAAUUAUUGCCGAGCUGCAGACUGUUGUUCGAUCUAUGGAUAUUUUUCGAGGUGCGAUUGUGGAGCCAUUUGGAUCGUUUGUCUCUGGUCUUUUCACAAAAUGGGGGGACUUGGAUAUCUCCAUUGAGUUACCCAACGGUUUGUACAUCUCCUCUACUGCAAGAGAACGGAAAAAGCUCAUGUUGUCAUUUCUGCAGUUGAAACUAAUAGGUCGAUAUCAAAGGCUCCAAUUCAUCUCCACUGCUAGAGUUCCAAUAGUGAAGUUUGAGAGCAGAAGCAUUUCCUGUGAUGUUUCAAUUGACAAUCUGUCAGGCCAGAUGAAGUCCAAGCUCUUCUUAUGGAUUAAAGGCAUAGACGAACGCUUUGGCGAUAUGGUCUUAUUGGUUAAAGAAUGGGCCAAGGCUCAGGAAAUCAACAAUUCAAAGUCUGGGAGCUUCAACUCAUAUAGUCUCACUUUACUGGUCAUUUUUCAUUUUCAGACUUGUGUGCCUGCAAUUUUACCUCCUCUAAAGGAUAUAUAUCUGGGAGAUAUAACUAGCGAUCUCGAAGGUGUAAGAGCUGAUGUAGUCCAGAGAAUUACAGAAACUUGCACUGCUAACAUAGCCAGGUGGAAAUCCAACAGAUACAGGCUGGUUAACCAAAGCUCCUUGUCUGAGCUUUUAGUUUCCUUCUUUUCUAAGUUUUCGGACAUAGGCCGGAAGGCUAGAGAUCUAGGAAUUUGCCCCUACACAGGAAAGUGGGAAGCACUAAGGAGCAAUACGAGAUGGUUACUUCAGACUAAUGCGAUCUUUAUUGAGGACCCAUUUGAGCGAUCGGAGAAUGCUGCAAGGACUGUUAAAGCAAGCCUAAUGAUGAAGAUAUCUGAAGCAUUCGAGACAUCAUAUCGAAGAGUUUCAUCAACCUAUCAAACCGAGGAUUCUUUGCUUCCUGGACUGGCCAGGCCGCGCGUCUUGAAAGCUCUUGGGAGGACUCCUUCUAGAGCAGGGAGUUCCAGUGGCAACCAAAUGAGGAUGAACCGUUCAAUUGUAUUCAAUGCCCCCUCGUCCUCACAAGUACAACAGCAAUUUCAGAACAUGAGUCUGCAACACCGUGGCCAAUCGCGCAGAAACCCUGACCUUUUCUUCGACUUCUGAAAAUCAAGAUGAGUUGGUAGGAAAUUAUCGAACCAAGCUGGAUGCGGAAGAUAUGAAAGUGAAGUACCUUGCCACAGUUUAUUUAAAUAGUUGCUCGUUAUCCAAUGGUUGCUUUGCGUUCGACGUGUCUGCAAUUUUCAAUGUACCUUUGUACUUUCUCUAGCAGAUUGCUUUGUGCUUUUAAUUUGGGAUGACAUGAUUCUGGGCACAUCUGUAAGUAUUAACGUUACCUUGGUCUUCUAAACAUGGCUUUUGCACAGGAAGUGGACUUACGCGUGCUGAGAUGAUUUUCUAGACGAAGUUUGCUUCUUACAUCCAUUUUACUUCGGUUAGCUGAGGAGAAUAGCAAAAGGAAUGAGGAUGAGUUCUGCUAAGUUCCCUUGAAAGAAAUUGAUGUUUAUGACUAGUUUUCUUUAGAGUUUAUGGGCUCAAAUCAUAAAGAUUUCAAAUUGUACAACUAGAUUAGUUGCAUGUAUAUAUGUAGUUAAUCCUCUAAACCCAAUUUCAUGGAGAAAAUCUGUGCUUAGGUUUGA